GAAAAAAGAAAAAAGAAUUAAUGGUAAGUGUGUGUGACCUUGUGUUAUAGGAGCAGCCCCAGAGUAGGGGAGUUUGGAAGUGGAAAGUUUGAUCGGGGAAGUAAUGCAAAUUUUGUGGAUCGUAAAAGACGCAUGUUUCGGCAUCUAGGAUGGCUGGUUGGUCUCACCUAUAAAUCCUCAUCAAAGCGAUUGGCAGAUGCCAACCCGGCUCUGCCUCCGCCUCAACUCAGGCCGCCGGUGGCUAUGUUGGACGCUGUUCAGGAGAUCGCUAUUUACAUCCACCGCUUCCACAAUCUCGAUCUUUUCCAACAAGGAUGGUACCAAAUUAAGAUCACCAUGAGAUGGGAGGACAGUGACUUUAUGGGCACUCCAGCAAGAGUUGUUCAAUAUGAAGCUCCUGAUCUUGGUUCUGAUGAUGUAUAUGGAGUAUGGAGGAUAGAUGAUACAGACAACAGCUUCUCAACUCAGCCUUUUCGUAUCAAAUAUGCAAGGCAGGACGUCUUUUUAUCAAUCAUGAUAUCGUUCAAUAUGUCUCUUGCUGGAAAUGAGGGUCUAUCCUCAUCUGCUGUUCUUUUGAAGUUUGAGCUUAUGCAUGCCCCCAUAUCGGGAAAUAGGUCUGACUUGCAGGCAGCUCUGGAUGCUAAUCCUGCCGCUGUCCAUGAAUUUCGAAUUCCUCCUAAAGCUCUUUUGGGUUUGCAUUCAUAUUGCCCUGUUCAUUUUGAUGCGUUCCAUUCAGUGCUUGUUGAUGUUAGUAUACACAUCAGUCUACUAAAAGCUCCUUACAAACAUCAAUCGAAGGUAUCCAGUGAUUGUAGCAUUGCUGAAGGUGUUGGGGGAGAAACCUCUGAGUCAAAUCAAGAAGCAGGUCAAGUAGCUAGUGCAGACUCUAAUGGCAUCAUGCUUCUUAAAUCAUUGUUAGCUGCUCGUAGCAUAGUGCUUGAAGAGCUCCAGACACUGAGCAAGGCUCUUGACCAAGAAAUUGAUUUGACUGAUUUUAUUUCUAAAAUGGAUAAUACGAAUGAUUCUUUCCUGCAAGAAAAUUUGGUUGCAGCAGAUGACAAAGUUUCAGGACAAGGCAAGCCACAAAAUGGUCUUGAGAAAGCAAAUGGCGCAUCAGAUUCUAGAACUGGUGAAUUGCCACGAUCUAUAUCAAGGGGUGCCAUACUGAAUUCUUUUAAUUCAUUGGGAGAUCAAGUUUUAUAUCUCUGGAAUACUUUUUUGCAAUUCCACAGGUUUAACAAAACGAAGAUACUGGAAUACUUGCGUGACACAUGGGCUAAAGAUAGAAGAGCUGAAUGGUCAAUAUGGAUGGUUUACUCUAAGGUUGAGAUGCCUCAUCACUAUCUAAAUAGCGGGUUUGAUGAGUCUUCCAAUAGUGGUGGCCAUAGGAGAGCUCCAAGUUUGUGGAAGCUGAAUGAUGAUCCUGCACAGAUUGCAGCUACCCGUGCUGAGCUUCAUAGACGAAGUAUUGCACAAAUGAAGAUUAACAAUCGAUCAAUUCAAGACUUGCAUAUAUUUGGAGAUCCAUCAAGCAUUCCUAUUGUUAUUGUGGAGCGUGUCUUGAAUGCACCUAGGCGUACUAAUAGUGAAAAUUCUUACUUGAGACAUUUGGAUGUGUUAAAUGCUCCUGGCUUGCAAAGUGUAUAUGGGUCAGAAUCUGUAAACAAGCAAUCUGGCUAUAGCUCCUCAAAGAAAGGCCGUGUUUUGAAGAUUGUUGUCUUUGUGCAUGGCUUUCAGGGGCAUCAUCUGGAUUUACGGCUCAUUCGAAAUCAAUGGCUUUUGGUAGAUCCCAAGGCAGAGUUUCUAAUGUCAGAGGCAAACGAAGACAAAACAUCCAGUGAUUUCAGAGAAAUGGGACAGAGGUUAGCUCAGGAAGUUAUUACUUUCCUUAAGAAGAAAAUGGAUAAAGCUUCAAGAUCUGGAAGCUUAGCGGAUAUUAAGCUUAGCUUUGUGGGACAUUCUAUUGGAAAUGUCAUAAUAAGAACGGCACUAACAGAGGCUAUGAUGGAGCCAUACCUUAGAUACCUACACGUAUAUGUUUCUAUAUCGGGUCCGCACUUGGGGUAUCUAUACAGUUCAAACUCUUUAUUUAACUCUGGGCUGUGGCUUUUGAAGAAGCUCAAGAACACUCAAUGCAUUCAUCAACUUACUUUCACAGAUGAUCCAGACCUCCAAAAUACAUUCUUUUACCAGCUCUGUAAGAAGAAGACGCUAGAAAAUUUCAAGCAUAUAAUCCUGUUAUCUUCACCACAGGAUGGUUAUGUUCCUUACCAUUCUGCCAGAAUAGAUAUGUGCCAAGCUGCUUCAUUAGACUUUUCCAAAAGGGGCAAAGUUUUUUUGGAAAUGCUGAACGACUGCUUGGACCAAAUACGGUCUCCUCGCUUGGAGAAUCGAGUGUUCAUGCGCUGUGACGUCAACUUUGACACCUCUUCAUAUGGAAAGAACUUGAACACAUUCAUCGGAAGGGCCGCCCAUAUUGAUUUUUUGGAAUCUGACAUUUUUGCAAGAUUCCUCAUGUGGUCUUUCCCAGACCUAUUUCGGUAAUACCUGUUGCCAUCAACUUGUCUUCUUCUCUAGCCUACCCCUUAGUUGGGAAUCUCCCUCCUUCAAAUCAAGGACCAACUGAGGAGGGUCUUCGGAGGUGGAGUAUUCAACAGCGGCCCUGCCCUUUUGCACAUCGAGGAUGAGCUGCUUGAAGACAUCAACCAUUGUACAUUAUCAGCUUAGAAAACUGAACUCAUUUUGCAGGUAGAAAUUGUACUUGUUUAGCUGAAUGUGAAGUUCCUAGAAGUGGCCACCAGCUGUGUGGCUUGUGCUUACCCGAAGGUUGAUAAUCAAGGUCUCCCUGUAGUGAAUGUUUUAGAGGCUGUAAUUGUUCUUUUUCUUCCUUAUAUUAUAGGAUAGUUAGAUUCUGUGAUUACGGUUAUCCUGUAUUCUAAGCAGACAAUAGAGGUCGGAAUGGUUUUAGUGUGCAGUAAUAAUAUUUGAUGGUCUUUUUUUACCAAUUUCCA